AACAACAACAUUAACAUUUCUCUUCUCUCUCUUCUAUCUUCUCUCGCUUUCUACAAUCAAAUUCUCUCACUCUCAUUUUCACUGUCAUUAUUUAUUAUUAUUGUUUAAUUUAAUUUAGUUUUUUCUUAUUGUUAUCAUUACAAUGGCUGAAACAAAUAACACUCAUUACAUUGUUGAAAUCCCAGUAGAUCAAGAACAUCAUCAUCAAAAUCAUCAAAACAACAACAAGAUUUUGUCAUGUGCCAACAUGUUUGAAGCAAUUGAUGAUCACCCAUUAACCGAAAUCUCCGAAUCACCUGGUCACCUCUUACUCUUAAAGCUAUGGCAAAGAGAAGAAAAUCUCUUAGCCAAAAGAAUUUCAAGAAAAGAAACAAGAAUGGAUUCAAUAAAAUCCGAAAUUUUUCAACUUUCUUCAUUCUUCUUCAUCUUUCAUGGUUUUUUUCUAACACUAUUAUUCACUUCAUGGGCUAAAGCCCAAAAAGCCCAAAUGGGUGGUGUUGGGGUUUGUAACAAUUGGUGGAUACCUUCAAUGGUUUCACUUUCAACUUCACUUGUGUUUGUGUUUUUGGUUCAAGUGAAGUUGAUUAGGUAUUGGAAAGUUUGGGAACAGUUACAAAGGGAAAGGAAUGAUAGUAGAGGUGUUUGUAGGUGUAUUCAAGAGUUGAGGAUGAAAGGGGCUAGCUUUGAUUUGUCAAAAGAGUUACCUUUGAAUGGAAAGAAGAUGAUGAAGAGUUCAAGUGUUGAGAUUAAAUGGAAAGUGGUUACUUGGUUUAAUCGUUAUUUGCUUACUGUUUGUCUUUUUUGUUUUACAGGUUUGGCUUUUCCUGCUUCAAAAUUUGUUCUUUGUGGUUUGUGAUGCUGCUGCUGCUGCUGAUGGAGCUUGGAUUUGUUGAUUGUUAAUGAUGAGAGGCUAAUUGUUAUUAUGCCUCUGCUAAGGGAAUGAAGCAUUGUUGGUCCGAUUGAUUAGACAAACCCUUUUGAAUUGAGGGAAUUAGGUCUGAUCAGACAGUUGACAUUCCGAGCUUUCGUUUUUCUGGAACCACAGUUUGAGUUGUUCGAUCUCUAUCUAACGACUUGGAUUUCUGCUAACUGCAAGGACAAUGGAAAUUAUUGAUUUUAGGGAAUCAUGGACAAGUACUAUAAAGAAUGGCCUUGGAAGUUUCAAUGCAAAUUACAAAUUUUGCAAGGAUGGGAAUGAAGUUUCAAUUCAGGACCAUCUAUGGAUACAGGAGGCAUCAUCAUGGUUGUUUCAAGUUGCAACUCAGAAGGUUUUGCUUGAUUAUUGAGACUACGAUUUUGUUCUAAAUCGACACCUCUUGUGUGCUCUUGGCAUCUACAAUUUUGUAAACACUGUAAUGCAGCUGUUAUAAUGUGAGCUGCUUCAAUUUUGAUUCAUUUUGUACCGCAAUUUAUUGGAAUUUCUUGUAUAAAAUAAAUCUGGGAUUUACUCGCAUUUAGAGCAGUGAGUCAAAGAUGGAUAUUAUUACUGAAACCCUAAUUCAUUCAUUCAUCUAAUAGAAACGAGCUGUAGCGAAUUCUACAGUCGGAGACGUACCUACGAGGAACUCCGUUAUCAAA